GAGCACACCUCUCGGUAGCACUGUGGUGUCUCUCGGCUUCCGUUGAGGAUCUAGCAAGAUGGCAGCCUCCGAAACUGUUAGGCUACGGCUUCAAUUUGAUUACCCGCCGCCAGCCACCCCGCACUGCACGGACUUCUGGCUUCUGGUCGACUUGAACAGAUGCCGAGUGGUCACAGACCUCAUUAGUCUUAUCCGCCAGCGCUUCGGCUUCAGUUCUGGGGCCCUCCUCGGCCUCUACUUAGAGGGGGGGCUCUUGCCCCCCGGCGAAAGCGCGCGCCUAGUACGGGACAACGAUUGCCUCAGAGUUAAAUUAGAAGAGAGAGAAGUCGCUGAGAAUCCUGUAGUAGUCAGUAAUGGUGACGGUACUCAUUUCUUACCUAGAAAAGCAAAGAAGCGGUCAUUUAAGCUGGAGGAGGAUGAAGAAACCGAACUAGGUUACAAAAACUCAAAGAAACAUUGGAAGAGACAAGAGAACAAUAAUGAGAAUGUCUUGGACGGAGAACCAAAACCUAUCACAAAUCAGAGUGCAAGGAAAAAAAACAAGAGGAGAAACAAAGCCACACACGGUAUAGCAGAUGAUGAUGACGAAGAGACCAAAAGAAAAGCACCAAAGAAAAAGGAGAAAUGUGACUACAAAAAACAGACAAAGAAUCCCAAGUCUUCUAAAGCACAGCCAGUGAAAGAGUGGAUUGUCCAGAAGUGUAGUCCUCCCAAAGCUUCUCCUCCUAGAAACAGCCUUGUCAAAGCCAAAAGGAAAGGUGGUGUGGACAUUCAUACAAAAGGUAGUCCCAGUUCCUCCUCAGAGUCUGAGUCUGAUCAUGAAUCAACCAGUGAUGGUCUUAGCAAUGUCAUCCUGGAGGUCAGAAAUUCCACAGAGAAAAUAUCAACUGCGUUAUCAAAGGAAGGACCCUCUAUGAAAAACACAAUCGCAAACAAAGCGGCUACAAAAACUGGCUUUAACUCUACCCCCAUGGAGGACAAGAUAACCAGAACAUCGUCUUCUAGUUCAGACUCCAGUUCAGAGUCAGAUGACCAGCCUGUGGUGUCAAAGAGCACUCCAGAGCAGGCUGCGGGUUUCUUAAGCGCAAUAGGCCUCUUUGCAGGAAAAGGUUGUCCAGGUCCAGGGCCGUCAUCGCAGACUCCAAACGCUACCGGUUGGAAGCACUCCGACUCAAAUGGUGGCAGACAGGCGCCCGGUCCUCCUCCCAAUGUGACUCUCCCCACCAGUUUGGGAAGGGGCUGGGGUAGAGGAGAGGACCUUCUUUCUUGGAAAGGAGCUAGGGGUCGGGGCAUGCGGGGGAGAGGUCGAGGACGAGGGCUUGCUGUUCCCUACGGUUUAAAUAAAAAUGCUGAAUAUCUGAAGCAGCAGCAUUUAAAUGAAACACUAACAAACUCAUCUACAAUUAUCCAGAAUCCAGUAGAGAGACACAAGGACUACAGCCUGUUACCGCUGUUAGCAGCUGCCCCCCAAGUUGGAGAAAAGAUUGCAUUUAAGCUUUUGGAACUAACAUCCGAUUAUUCUCCUGAUGUCUCUGACUACAAGGAAGGAAAAAUAUUAAGCCACAAUCCAGAGACCCAGCAAGUAGAUAUAGAAAUUCUUUCAUCCUUACCUGCUAUGAAAGAACCUGGGAAAUUUGAUUUGGUGUAUCACAACGAAAAUGGAACCGAGGUAGUGGAAUAUGCUGUAACACAGGAGAAAAAGAUCACUGUUUUUUGGAGAGAGUUGAUUGAUCCAAGACUGAUCGUUGAAUCUCCAAGUAACACAUCAAAUUCAGAGGUUGCCUGAGUAUGACCUCUCCACCUCAUAGUUUAUAAAUGUCUUUUUGUGAAAGUGACUAUAAUUGAAUUUUAAAAAAAAGAUUUGAAAGUUGUAUCCAUUUUUUUUUGUUGUUGUUGUUAUCUUCACUUUACUGCAUAGGAAAAAAAUCUACCUCAUCAUUUAAAAUAACUGGGUGUGUUGCUUUUCUAGACCUUUUUUUUCAAGUUUAAUUUUAGCAACAAAAUUUAAAACAUGACAUUCCCUGCAGGCAUCGUUAUAUACUAGUAUUUUUGGUUCCUUCUCUUUUCUAAUUUUUUGACCAUCAAGUAGCCAUCGUCAGUUGGAGUUUAUAAUACCAAGUGCAAGAAAGUGCUGCAUAUCUUGUCUCUGUAAGUUUUGUUAAGUAACAUUUUAAUACGUAAAAGCAUGUUACUUGACUUAAUUUUUUACAUUUGAGUUGUUCUAUUAAAUGUGGAACAUCUUAAAAAUUUCAAGUAUCUUAUACUUGUAAUUGUCAAGAAUGAACAAAUAGUUAGGUUUGAUGCAGGCAAUGAGUUAAGAAAUCCUUUCACAUUUUUCUCAGCUUUAAAAUGAAGGAUUCUCAGGCCCUGUAUAAAACAGUGAAAAUAAGACCUGAUGUGCUCCUGGGGAAUAGCUGGUGUUCCACCUAGGUGAAAGGAUUUACUAUGAGUUCAGACCAGGGCAUGUAUUAUCUUGCUUCGAGAUCCCAAGCACCUGGCUGAAUGCUGGAGUGAGGAUCUAGAACAGAAACUUCCCUUUUCUGUUAUUAUUCAACACAAAGCUAAAAUGGCUAAGAUACAUGCUGUGAAAAUUACUUUCUUUUAUCAAAAGAUCAGAUUCCUCCCUCAGCUUUGCAUAUUUUUAAAUAAAAUAUUGAACUAAACUUC